CAAUACUAUCAAUCGACAAUUCAUUCACCUUUCUCUUCCUCUUCCUCGUACCGAUACAACAUGAAUUCCACAGACGAUGAACUCCAGAUGCAAAAUGAGGGAAACACCGAAGCCAGUGGCAUUGCGAAAUCCUUCUUUGAUAUCUAUGGCCCAGAGGCGCGAGCAAACGUCGAAUUUAAGGAGACUAAAGCUACCUCAGCCUUGAAUUUCCAGGAUGUCCAAGGACUUGCCACCUGGGUGCUUGCUGAGGGCUUCAUGCCUUCGUGGGUUUUUAUUAAAAACAAGCCCUUAAUUCCCAAGGUCGUCAUGCUUUAUAUCCCCGGACUUGAUGCAGCACUGUAUUUGUCACAGUCCAAACUUUUAAAAAGUCUUAAAGAAUGCUGUGGAAUUCCUAGACCAGUUUUAGCUUUAAGCUGUGUAUCAGAUGGAAUGCAGACUAUAGAUGCUCUACUUACAUGCAAAGUUAAAAGAAAAAGGGAUGAGAAUGAACAGAUUGAAAAGAAAGCUGCGCGGAUAUCUUCUCAAGCAGGAAAUCGGGACUCUUCAGGUGGUGCAUCUCCUAUUGAUUUAAAAGGAAACUUGCCGUUCCCAGUUACUUACUACACACUUACACCUAAGCAAUUGGAAGAUAAUGGAUAUUGUUUCAAAGAUCCAGACUUUCUUUCAACACUUCCCGCUCCUUCUGGAACUCCAUUGCAUGGGAUUUUGGCACUUGACUGUGAGAUGUGCAUUACAAGAAAAGGUUUUGAGCUUACAAGAAUUACGCUGGUUGAUACAACUGGGCAGGUAUUAUUGGAUAAGCUUGUUAAACCAGCAAAUCCUAUUACUGAUUACAACACAAGGUAUAGUGGAAUUACUCAUGAGAUGCUGGAAAGCGUUACGACAACACUUAAAGAUGUUCAGGAAGAUUUUCUGGGACUUGUUUACAAGGAGACUAUCCUUGUUGGGCAUUCACUGGAAAAUGAUUUGUUAGCUUUGAAGAUCAAACAUGAUUUGGUGAUUGAUACCGCAAUUUUGUAUAGACACCCUAGAGGCCAGUCUUAUAAAACAGCUUUGCGCGUGUUAACAAGAAAGUUCCUUUCCAUGGUAAUACAAGAUUCAGGAAAUGGACAUGAUAGCGUUGAAGAUGCUAGAGCUACAAUGGAGCUUGCAUUGUUAAAAAUUAAACAUGGUCCCGGUUUUGGCUUGCCCCCGGCGCUUAUGCGGAAGAAACUCCUGACAGUAUUAAGUGACUCCGGCAAAACUUCUUCUUUGAUUGAUAAUGUAUCUAUAGUGAAGCGAUAUGCCUCUGAAUCAUCUCAUGCAAUUCCUGUAUCCAGUGACGAUGAAGCUCUUAUGAAAGCCAAAAAAGAGGUAAAAAGCGACCGGGUGCAGUUCAUCUGGACGCAGUUCUCGGAGUUGUAUACUCAUUUCAAGAAACAAGCGGACGACGACGAGAGCCUAAAUACAAAGAUAGCAGAGAUGAUCUCGUUGCUUACAUGUAGCAAGAAGCCUUCCAGUAGAAAAAGAAGCGCGUACAAGGUCACGUCGGAGCUGGAGGAUAUUCUUAGUCGAAUAAACAGCAGAGUAAAGAGCAUAUAUUCCUGUCUACCUGACAACGCCAUGCUCGUUAUCUGUACAGGCCACGGAGACACUGCAACAGUACAGAAAUUACGGAAUAUCCUCUCGGAGCGAAAAGAAACCGUGCAUUGCCGAGAGAAGAUGGUGAAAGUGCUGGAGGAGUUGCAGGCUCAAGCUGAAGUAGGCUUGUGCUUUCUUGGCAUCAAACACUAAUAACAUCUCUCUCUGUCUCUGUUGUAGUAAUUGAUUUUUUUGUUGAGAAAAAAUAGGUUAAUCCAGAAUUCAGUUGGUAAUGUUAUGUAAUCCAAGACUAUUGGAAAUUUUAAUAUAUAUGAAGAUUUUGUUAUAAAUCUGGUUUCA